AUGCGCGCGAUCCUCGCGCUCGCCGUCGGCGCCGCGGCCUUCGGCAGCAGCUCCAGCGCCACCUCCUCCGAGGACCUCGAGAGCAUCGAGGCGACGCUGGACCACGUCGAGAAGAUGGUCUACAACCACACCUACACGCCGUCCGCGCCCAUCGGCACCACGACGCUCGGGCACGGCGUCGACCCGGACGACUACUCGACCUUGGACGACUACCAACUGCCCAUGCGCCGCCGCCUCGAAGACGGGGAGAGCCUCGGCGUGCUCGGCCUGGGCUCGGGCGACUUGAACUUGUUCGAGCGCGCGGGCUUCGUCGUGCCGUUCGACUGGGAGUGCCAGACCGGCACGAGCGGCGGCGUGUACCCGUGCCCGAACGGCAUCCCUUCGACGUGCCGCGCGAACACGGGCGGCGUGUCGUCGGUGUGCGCCAAGUGCUACUGCGAGGUCGGGAGCCACACGUGCUGCCCGUACUACAGCGAGAACAACACGUACUCGGAAGACGGCUACUGGUACGGGGGCUUCGAGUGCCCGUCGGCGCUCCUCAGCGGCGGCGAGCUCGUGACGGACUCGGCGGUCAACUACUGCGAGGUCGGCGACGCCGUCUCCGCGCUCUACGACGACGGCGAGUCCUACUCCGCGAAUGUCACCGAGGUGACGGGCAGCGACAUCACGGUCACGUACUCGGACGACGACACGUCGACCUACGACCUCACGGAGUCCGGCAACGUGGUGCAGACCGCGAGCGGCGCGGACUGCGUCACGACCUGCGACUCGUCGACGCUCGACACGGAGGUCUGGGGCAACCAGUGGUGGAACGACCCCUACGUGACGACGUCGUACAUCAACUUCAAGGUGACGCGCUACGAGAUGGCGGACGCGUUCGGCGUCGAGUUCUACUCGACGGAGGGCGACACGCUCAAGGUCUUCUCGACGGGCGACGUGCACUUCAAGCCGGACAACGCGGAGCGCACGGUGUACAUCAACGAGCAGGUCGAGUACGAGUACGAGACCGACAUCGACCGCCGCCUCUCGACGGCCGAGGCCGUGCUCGGAGACAUCGACCUCACGCUGCCCAUCGACCACGCGCGGCUCGUCGAGGCGCGGUACCGCCACAGCAACACGCGCGGCGGCUCCCAGAAGCCCGCGACCGCCUCGGAGGUCCCGAGCCCGAAGGGCGAGCCCGCCGCGCUGAAAGACGCGCGCGUCAAGAAGGCCCGGCGUCGCCUCGGCCGCCGCGGCAGCUUCAUCUCCACCGUGGGGUCGUUCUCGAUUAGCGGCAACAGCAACCGGUCGGGCAACGACAGAUAA